AGCCACCAAACUGUUUGUGUUCAGACGUGGGCUACACUUUCCACUAUGAACACUGGGGGGCAGUAACCUUCUCAGUGACGGGUGUGUCAACGCGUAGAAGAAGAAAACAAACACUUCCGGUCAAAAUACUCGUACACACAUGUAUCACCCUUUCUAGCAAAUGACCAGCCAUGACUCGGUGGGCCAGAGCCAAUAACAUCCAUAAACACAAACCAGCAGACGCCGCUUCAUGGAGCCAACUCAGAGGAAGAGGAGCAGGAGGAAGUCACCCAAACUCCUCUGGAGGCUCUAAAGAAGGACCACAAGGCCAGAGGAAGGGGGCUGGAGGGGGGGACCCUUUGAGAAGGACUCAGCCUGCUGGCUCAGCUGUGAAAAAAGCCAACCGGAAGAAAAAGGACUAUGACAAUGUAGAUGUAAAUGGAUUCCUGGAGUAUCUUCAGCAGACAGGGCAGCCUUUGCCCAAGAGUAGUGGAGGAGGAAAGGAAGGAGAUCAGGAGCUCAGGGAAGCGGUAGAGACGGCCCUAAAGAAAGACAAGCGCAGGGAGGACAGGAGGUUAAAGAGGCAAAACAACAAGAAGAACAAAAUGCUCUGUUUUAACUGUAGAAAGCCAGGUCACGGCUUGGCAGACUGUCCUGAGGCAGAGAGGGAUGAGGAGAUGGGCCGGGGCAUCUGCUACCGCUGCGGCUCAACAGAACAUGAAAUACAGAAAUGCAAAGCUAAAGUGGAUCCUGCUCUCGGUGAUUUUCCGUUUGCAAAGUGCUUCAUUUGUGGUCAGACUGGGCACCUGUCACGGUCCUGCCCAGAUAAUCCCAAAGGAAUGUAUGCACAAGGUGGAUGUUGUCGGGUGUGUGGUUCAGUUGAACAUUUCCAGAAGGACUGUCCAGAGCACCAGGCUUCAACUAACUCGGUGACAGUGGCCUGGCUCUCCAACAACAUGAGUGCUGACCAUGAAGAUGUUCAUGUUCCUGUGAAGAAAGUCAAGGCCAAGCAAAGCAAAGUGGUGGUUUUCUGAUCUGCCAAAUGCUUCCACAGCUUUAUUCAACAGGACUGAAUGCUGGGGUGCUGCACACAGUGCCUUUCGUUUUGAGACAUAAUUGUAUUAGUUUGAGAUGGGACAUUUCUUCUGGCCACCUGAUCCACACAUUUCAGAACGGGUGUGCGAUCUAACUUCAAAUCCUGGACUCUUCAUUGGUUGACAAAUAUAUCAUUCACAUACCUUGAGUUUAAUGUCAUUAUUUUGUGUUUAUUAGAUGUCCUAUUAAUAAAGGAUUCUUGUCUAUAUACAGUA